AUGAAGCUGGUGAGAUCGGUAACCAAUUGUGAUCUAACUAUUUGUAAUGACUAUUUCGUUAACCAGCUAAUCUUCGCCUGUUUGCUUGGCCUGGCCUUGGGUCACGAGGUGUACUACUACACCCCAACUUAUGGGUAUUAUCCUGGCACCUUUGCCAGGACCUCUUCCGUCCUGCCCUUGGCCUAUUCCCGAUUGAUUGCCCCGGCAGCCGCCGAAUCGCAUCUGUAUCACAGCGUGGAGACCCCCAACUCGUUCCAGCAGCAAUAUCGCAGCGAAUACAAGCCCCUGACCUAUGAGUAUUUCUACUAG